CAUGUUUACUGAGUGAUAGCUGCCGUUUGCCUGCGUGCUGCUGCUCUGGACACAUUUCAGCUCAAAGCACUUGUUUCUUUGAUAGACGCCUGGUGACUUGGAUCCAGACAAAACACAUGGUCAUUGCAUGGCGUCUGAAGAAGCUGCGGCCAAACGGGCCAAACCUCUGGCCUCUAGGGUCCACUGGAGCAACAGAGAACGGUUUUCCAAUGCACAGGACCCGGAGGCUCAAAGAGCGUGGAAGCAGGACAAUGUGAGGGAAUGGUUAACCAUCACUGUCACAGAGGAGGAUGCAAAGCAUGUGCCACUGAACGAAGCUGCAGAGCCUUUGAGCAGAAACUCUAGCAGUGAUGAUGACCUCGCUCUGGGUGUAGAAGCAUCUUUAUAUGGUAAACACGGAGUGAAGACCGUCCAGGACUUUUUGCGGUGGAGCCUGUCAUAUUCGGAUCUCAGCAGGAUCAACAUCUUCAACUCAGCAAAUUCUGACCACCCUGGACUACUCAGUGUGAUGGACAUCAUUAAACUGUGGAACGAUGACCCAGAAGAAGUUUUGCUGGACUUGGGUUUUGGCUGCAAUGAGCCAGAUCUUUCCGGACGCAUCCCGGCUCGAUUCAUCAACUACCCAUCUCAAGCAAGAGGAAUAAAUCUGCAAGUGUUUCUGGAGGCACAACAGCAACGACUGGACCUGGAGUCUCCAGAUGUUAGCAAUCGUUUUAGACAGCUGGAGGUUCUCCACGAGGUCACUGCAGCUUUUUCUUCCUUAAUGGGAACAUCGUCCUCCUCACCUCUCAGGCCAACGGUACCAAGAAAGGACCUUCCUCCAGAUGCCCACGAGAGGAGAAAACGCAUGGGCAUGCUAUUACGACGAGUAUCAAAGAAGUCUCUCAACCAAAUCCACAAUAAUAAUGCCCAGGAUAUAAGCACACAUGCCAGUCCUGCACCCGAGUCUGCGCUGCCUCCUCCUGACCUUAGAGGCAAGACAGCCCCUGUGAAAAGAGUCAAACAACUGUUCCAGGAAUCAAGCUUGAGUCCUCUAGAGGAGGAGAAGGGAGAUUUUCCAGACAUUCAGUGUCAGGCGGUUUCGUUUAUAACACAAGAAGCAGCACUCAGACCCGGGCAACUGAAGGACAGUGACACCAGGACAACACAUGGCAUUCUGCAGAAGAUCAGGUGCCAAGCCAGAGACUCAUUUGAAAUGGAAGAGAUUCAGAGUUGCGAUGAAGGCAGUGUCACUGGGAAUGUGACAGGGGGAGAAGAAAAUUCAGUUCGAGGUGUGGUACGGACCAACAGCUGCCAGUCUGACAGCAGUGGUUUCCUGGAGGAGCCCUUCAUCCCUUCCGCCCCCCAACAGGCAUCACUUGGACCUGAUCUCAUCAAGGCUCUGUACGGUUUGUCAGGAGAGAGCACUGAGAGCCAGUUUAGUGACAGAGCAGCCUCUUCUUCACCUCCAUGCACCUCCUCAUCUCCUCCCAUCGGCUCACCUGUUGCUGUACUUUCUACUGAGAAACCACUUCUUCCCUCAUCCUGUGCUUCACCACAGCACCUAUUCAUCUCUCCCACAUCUCCAAAAUCUGAUAUGCACUGUUCAGACUCCACACGACCAAAUCAACAGGAGGCUCACCAUUUUCUGUCUUCCAUAUCCCCAUCAGUGGGUGAGUUAGUUUCUCCUCCCUUGAUGACACAGAAGUUAGAAAUCACAAGUGAGUUGGAACCUGUGGUUGUCCCUUCAGCAACAUGUGCCGGUGCCCUCCCUGCCACGUCCUGUCUAAUUAAACCCACUGCACUCACUGGAGGGUCAGAGGACAUGCAAACAGAGAACAAAGACGCUCCACCCCCCUGUCUCCCUACUUACGAUCAUGUCUCUGAAGUUCCAGCACACACUGUGCUUUCAGAUGUUCCUUCUGUCACCUCAUUUUUCUCUCCACUGGAAACAUUUGAUCCAUCCUGUUUUGCAACAUUUUCUGUGGAUUCUGUCCAAACUGACUCUUUAUGGCAGUCCAGGGGCACUCAGUCAGAAAGCAAUAAGCAGACCUCAAAAGUAGAAGACCUCUCUCUAUUUGGUGACAUACUAUCUCCAUAUUAUUCCUCACUGUCUUUAGAUCAAAAAGAUGCUCAUUCUCCACCUUCAUAUACUGCAGCAGCUAUGUCUCUCACAGCAGAGGAUCUAAUGCACAAUGUAGAUACGAGCUGUGAAGAGAACUCUCCAAAAAAUAAGGACGUCACAGCCUUCUCUGAUUCAAAUAUGGGUGAACAAACAGAAGAUGAACCAAACCCCUCUCCACUGUCUUUGAACAAGGGAACUUUGUCUCCUCCAUCGUCCUUCUUUUCUGACACCUCUAAAUUAGAGAAAGAUUGUCCACUAUCUCACCUCUCUUUUGACACUCCUAAUUCAAUUUCAUCAUCACCAUCAUCAUCCUCUUAUAUCACAGGUGAUUCUAUUGGUCCAGAUGUUGGAAGACUUUCAGAAGUUGCAGAUCCAAAGUUUUCUCAUAGUGAUGAUAUCAUAAAGUUAACUUCAGUUGCUUCAAUCCAAGAUACUACUCAUAUUCAGAAUCUCUCCUCUUUGGGUACAGAGGGUAUCCUUCAAAAGACUGAAAAGGAAGAGGGAGAGAGACAAUCAAACAUGAUGCAGACUGAUGAGUUUCACUUUGACAAGUCCAGUGUUACAAUUCUGGCAGGAGCUUCUGAAUUUGAUUCUGAGGAAGUAUGUUGUGAAGCUGAAGCAGAUCUGCAGGUCUGCUCUCCUAGUUUCUAUGAUGACCUGGAGUACAAUAAACCAGAUUUAGAUGCCAAAUCUUUCUCUGAUCCUAAACAGGGGAAACAAAUAGAAGAGGAAGCAACAAUGUGUGUUCUUUCCUCGAACAACAAAGAUCCUUCACCUACAUUGCUUUUCUUUUCUGACUCUUCUAAAUCAGAGGACAGUUCUACACUGCCCUGCCUGUCUUUUUAUCCUCCCGAGUUUAUGGAUUCAGCUUUUGGAAGAAUUUCAGAACUGGCUGAGCAGAGCUUUUCCCAUCAGGACAGAUCUUCUGAUCAUCAUGAUAGCAUAAACAUCAAUUCAGUUAGUCCUAUCCAAAAUAUUGCAUCUCACCAGAUGGAUAACUCAUCUUUGGAAUCAGAGAAUACCCUUCAGAAGACUGGAAAUGGAAGGAGGAAGAGCCAUACUAACAUCGUGCAGACUCAUGAGUCUGUCAAUAACAUAUCUACUACCAAAUUUUUCACAGUUCUGACAGAAGGUUCUGAUAUAGUGUCUGAGGAAGUAUGUUAUGAAACUGAUGAAGAUCUGCAGUUCAGUUUACACGAUGACAAUUCACCUCAAUCCAAACAGGAAGUAUAUGGUAAUGUUUUAAAACUGGAAAUUGAUGCCACAGAAAGUCAAACACCCAACAGUCCUUUUUUUGUUUUUGAUGGGGUACCUGAAGCACACAGCAGGACACACCAGCAACUAAAUAUUCCAGAGCUCAUUGAGGUAGAGAGCUUGGAUUUGGUGUUUGAAACCUCAGUUGAUGGCUCGGAAUUUGAUGGUGAAGAUGUGGAUGCCAUUUUUCAAGAGCUUGACACUGAAGGACUUGUCUGCUGGGCAGAGCCAAUACAGAUUUCCAAUUCAACCCCUGUGUUUGAAGAACCAGCCAGUUUUAAGACCAUAGAAGGGUCUCAUGAGAAUUAUUCUUUACCGAGGAAUUCUGCUACGCCAAAAGAUCCAACUACUUUCAGUUCAUUUUCAUCCACAAACAAACUUCAGUCAGUAAAUGCAGAUGUACCCCUUAUAGAAAAUGACUCCACAGAUAGACCCAGCUCCUUGACCCAAGAGCACAGGCUUUCACUCAGCUCUGUUUCUGUCCAGAUGUCCUCAUGUCCUUCUUCUCAUAUUGUCCACAGGAAGGAUGUUCCCUACACCACUGAUUCCAAACAGACUCUAAUCCCAGGUGUUGUCACUUUGGACACCUCCACACCAUUUUGUGCUGUUCAGUCCUGGACAGAUCAGCAAAUUCAACGAAACACUGUGAACCAGAAGAUAUCACAUGGAAGUAAAAAUAAUUUCUCAUGUGCAGAGACCAGACUGACACAUGCCUCUGAAAUGGCACACAGAACUCCAGAAAUAUUUUCCUUAACACCAUCAUUUGAUCGAAUGUCUAAUGACUGCCAGUCACAUGACUGUCUUCCAGGAUUGUCUCAAAAUUUCAGUACAUUAUCAGAAUCUGUCAAUACAGGUUUGUCGCCUGAUGAAGAGGUAGACAGAAUUUACAAAGAGGACAUGGGCAAAGUCAGGGAAAGCAAUCAAGUAACCUCCAUGCCAUGCUGCUGCUCCUGUGGUGGUCGUUGUUGCAGUUGUACUCGGGAAAGUGUCACCAAACAACACAGCCUCCCUUACUCUGUGGAUGAGCUUGAGGAGAUGGUGAUUUGCCUGCAGAGGUUUCGCUCUGUGCUUAGCAACAUGGAGGAGCAGCUGUCUGAAGACCAAGCUUCAGUUUACAGUGUUCUCUCAGACCAUGACAGGGAGAAGGUGCAGAACAUUGAGAAGCUGAGAGGAGAGGUGAAAAAGGAAGCUGGAGAACUGGAGCUGCAUCUGGAAGAACUGGUCAAUCACUGUGAUGAGAGCUUUAAAAUGGUAACAAAGUCACACAACUCAUUGUGUCUCAGUGUGACAAAUGAAGACAUCUGUUCGAACAUAACAUUUAGCAGAAUUAAAAUGGGUUAG